GAGCUGGCGCACGGUUUGCCUGAGUAUCUCGCUGCGCUGCGAAGUGUUCGGCACGGACGAGGCGAGAUAUUUUGCACACGUGGCUGCCCGCAACACCCAGACUGCCCUCCACGAGGCCACGAGUCGGUCCGUGCUUCAGCGAAUCUACGAGGUCAUCACAUGGACAACAGAAUACCAGCGACACCAUGGCAGUCAGAGCGCGGCCACCCUCUGCAAGAUUUGGAACGCGAAGUCUGGCGAGCGUGCCUUGGACUCUCAGCUCGUGGAGCCGUUGGACGUGAACUGGCUUGAGUCAGCAGAUCGCGUGUGGACUCGGCUCUUGGAGGAUCCGGACUGCUUGGCGGUGAUCUUGACCAUGGAGGAGCAGUACGGCAAGGCCAGCUGCCUGAACUUCAUGGAGACCCUCGACGUCCUCUGCAGCCGAGGCGAUAAGGAGGACUACGCCUGGUACCUCCAGACGAUGCAGGAUCAGCUCUUCGUCGGCGAAGCCAGCAACCGCGAUUUCAGCAGCCGCCACCUGAUUUCGACGAAGCCUGGCACGCCAAGAUACCUGCAGCUGUGGCAGGCCAAGAGAUCCUUGAAGAACCACUUCCUGGCCUGGGUCGGACAGCAGAGCGUGCUGAGCAAGGAGGAGGUGGCGCAGCUGCAGCUUCUGGGCACCCACGCGAAGUUUCGCAGCAAGAUGGGUGGUGGCCCAGAGAAGGUCGACGUUACCUGGCAGGCAGCCUUGCCAGAGGCUGCUCGCAAGUGCGCGCAGUUCCUGGAGGAAGUCAUCUUCAACGGCGUGCACGACGGGCCCCUGCGCAACACCCUCAAGAGCAAGAGCAACCCCGCAGACAUCUUGGAGGCAGAGCCGCUUGCGGGAUUGAUUGCGAAAAUCCAGGUCGACCUGGACACGCUGAAGCCCGCUGAGCCCGAGACCAAGGGGUCAGGGGCGGAUCCGAGAGGCGAGCUGGGGAAGGCUUCGCUGACAGAGGUGCUCGCGGGUCUGGUGCAGCCAGAGACCAUCGCUGCGAAGGGGAGCGAACUGCUGCCUUUCCUGCGUGCAGCAUCGCAGCACGUUGAUACUUACUGCCAGUUCGUCGUGGACUCCGGCACGCAGAAGACUUUCGACGCUGCUGUGAAAGGGACGGCUGUGGCCCGCAAGCUGAAAGAGGGUCAGCGAGCCAUGCUGUGGUACGACGUGAAGUGUGCCACGGAGUCUUCCUGUCAACCGCGCAUUCGUGUGCCAAAGUUCAGCGCGGAUGACCUGAAACGCAAACUGCAGGCUUUCGUAAGCGCGCGAGACCAGGCGCAGUUGGAGGUAGGCGACAUUGCAGUGGUCUUGGAUGGGAUGAAGCAGGUCACUCCGGGCAUCAUGGCAUGCUUCGUUGAUGGAGCGGGGUGUCACUACGACGAGAAGACACGGACUGAGAUGCUGCUUACCUACGAGGAGCAGUCUCUGAGGGCCCGCCGCUGUCUGGUGCGCGGGGUCUUGCAGACCCACGAGAGCAUGCACAUCAUGACCAAAGGGCCCUUGGUGCUCCAGAAGUUGCCUCGUAAGAUUUAUGGCGGCACCAAUCAGCAGACCUCCAUCGGCCCGGUGAAAGUUCUUCCUUACGAAGACCCUACGCUCUGGAAGCUCUCGGCGAGUGCGAAGACCACACUCUACGGAUCCAAAGGCAUCUCCUUGGCUGGCGGUCCUUGCCCAGUGUCGGAUCCCCCACCGCUCCCAAAGCUGGCGAACGACCUGCUGCCUGUGAACUACCACAGCCUGCCGGAUAUCUUCUAUGGGGAGUUCGCGCGAGGGGUUCAGGCCGCUGUCGUGAUGAACGCGACAGAGGCCGACGGGGAGUUCGCGAAGGCCUGCCUGGCGCAGAAGACGUCGUACGUGGGCAUCGUCCACAUCCCGGGGCAUGCCGAGAUGCUUAAGAAACACUUGGUCGAGUGGGUGUUCGGCCAGUUCAAGGACUCCACCUCCGCCUUGCACAAUGCAGACUUGUGCCUCGGCUACAGAAUCUUGUGCAACAUUUACUUGCCGGCUGUUAGCCGAGAGUGA